GCCUGUGCCGCAGCCGCAUCGCCACCGCAGCCCGGGCAGAGCCGAGCCGGUCCAGGCCCUUGCCCCUGCUCGGCCCUCCGCCCGCUGCCCCCGGCCCCGCCCCCACCAGCGGCGCUUUCCCCAGCGGUCUGGUGCCCCCCGGCGCCCCCAGACCCCGGCCUCCAGCACCGAGCCUGGAGGUAGGAGCAGCAGCAGAGGCAGGAGGACGAGGAGGAGGAGCCGUCGCAGGAUGAAGGAUCGGACUCAGGAGCUGCGGAGUGCGAAAGACAGCGAUGAUGAGGAGGAGGUGGUCCAUGUGGAUCGGGAUCACUUCAUGGAUGAGUUCUUUGAACAGGUGGAAGAGAUCCGGGGCUGCAUUGAGAAGCUGUCGGAGGAUGUGGAGCAAGUGAAAAAACAGCAUAGCGCCAUCCUGGCCGCCCCCAACCCCGAUGAGAAGACCAAACAGGAGCUGGAGGACCUCACUGCAGACAUCAAGAAGACGGCCAACAAGGUUCGGUCCAAAUUGAAAGCGAUCGAGCAAAGCAUUGAGCAGGAGGAGGGGCUGAACCGUUCCUCCGCGGACCUGCGAAUCCGCAAGACCCAGCAUUCCACACUCUCCCGGAAGUUCGUGGAAGUAAUGACCGAAUAUAACGCGACCCAGUCCAAGUACCGGGACCGCUGCAAGGACCGGAUCCAGCGGCAGCUGGAGAUCACCGGAAGGACCACAACCAACGAAGAACUGGAAGACAUGCUGGAGAGCGGAAAGUUGGCCAUAUUCACUGAUGAUAUCAAAAUGGACUCGCAGAUGACGAAGCAGGCGCUGAAUGAGAUCGAGACGAGGCACAACGAGAUCAUCAAACUGGAAACCAGCAUCCGUGAGCUGCAUGACAUGUUUGUGGACAUGGCCAUGCUCGUGGAAAGCCAGGGUGAGAUGAUUGACCGCAUUGAGUACAACGUGGAACAUUCUGUGGACUAUGUGGAGCGAGCUGUGUCGGACACGAAGAAGGCCGUGAGAUAUCAGAGCAAGGCCCGGAGGAAGAAAAUCAUGAUCAUCAUUUGCUGUGUGGUGCUGGGGGUGGUCUUGGCGUCAUCCAUUGGGGGGACGCUGGGCUUGUAGGCCCUCCACCCCUGUCUCCCCCAGACCCUUCCCCCAUCACAUCGGGAGCAAUACCCCCACUACCCCUUUCACUCCAUCCCCUGCUCCAGGCUCACCCCCAAGACAGACCCAGGCAGCCCUCCCCUUUACCACCCCCAUAAGACCCUGGAGUCCCUGGACCUCUUCGCGCCAUGGACCACCCCCACCGCCACACGUAAAUAGCAGCAGGCGUGAUUACACAUGCACACCAACAUGCAUGCCGCCGGCACAUGCUCGAGACAAGUGGGCACCCCAGUGUGUGUGUACGUUCAUAGAUGUGUGUAGAAGCACCACAUCACCUUCUUGCCCCCACCUCAAGUCUGUGUUCUCCGAGCUUCCCCCCUCCUCUCGGUUGUUGUGUAGACUGUGGCCGGGUAUAACACAGCAGCCCACCAAGCCCCGCUGUCUUUUGUGAAUAGGUGUAUGUGUGUGUGUGUGUCCACAGAUAACUUGUGUACAUGGAAUUUUGUGUUUGAGUGUUUGAAUCUAAAUCAAUAGCA